CGAUCGCACGGCCGGGAGGACGCCCUGUUGUUGUCGGACAUAUCGCGCUAAUGACUGCCGUGUAGCCAGCAGGUAUCGCCCACCCUGCCCUCAUUGGACACAGAUCUAUAUUAUUUUUUCAUGAAUCGGGAGCAGCGGAGCGGGAGACAGGGAGGAGAGAAGAGCGGGUGAGGGCGCGGAGCGACGGGAUGCGGGAGACGCAGUGAGCGAGGAGGCGGAGGACGAGGGAAACCGGAGGAUUGACGGCUCUCCUUACGCGGCUGCUGGUGCGACGUCCCAAAGCUUCCUUCCCGACAUGGCUGUGUCACUGUGGCUCGUGGGAGUGUGUGCGCUCACUCUGUCUCACGUCGCCCCCUCCAGCCAAGCGAUGUCCCGGGCCGUCAUGCCAUUCGGGCUGCUGCGCCGGGAGCUGGCGUGCGAAGGCUACCCCAUAGAGCUGCGCUGCCCGGGAAGCGAUGUGGUCAUGGUGGAGACCGCCAAUUACGGACGCACCGACGACAAGAUCUGCGAUGCGGACCCUUUCCAGAUGGAGAACACGCAGUGUUACCUCCCCGACGCACUAAAGAUCAUGUCCCAGAGGUGUAACAACAGGACUCAGUGUGUGGUGGUCGCAGGGGUCGACGUCUUCCCGGACCCCUGUCCCGGAACGUACAAGUACCUGGAGAUCCAGUACGAAUGCGUCCCUUACAAAGUGGACCAAAAAGUUUUCGUGUGUCCCGGCUCUCUGCUAAGCAUCCAGCCGGCCUCCUCGCUCCUGGAGGCGGAGCAUCAGUCGGGGGCCUGGUGUAAGGACCCCCUGCAGGCCGGCGACAGGCUGUACGUCAUGCCGUGGACGCCGUACAGAACAGAGGUUCUGUAUGAAUAUGCCUCUUGGGAUGACUACAGGCAAAACAGGGUCACCACUACCUAUAAGCUGCCCAGCCGCGUCGAUGGCACGGGCUUCGUGGUGUACGACGGCGCCGUGUUUUAUAACAAGGAGCGAACGCGCAACUUGGUGAAGUAUGACCUGCGGACACGCAUCAAGAGCGGCGAGGCGGUGGUGGUCAAUGCCAACUACCACGACACCUCGCCGUACCGCUGGGGAGGGAAGUCAGACAUCGAUCUGGCGGUGGACGAGAACGGCCUCUGGGUGAUUUACUCUACUGAAGCCAAUAAUGGAAGGAUCGUGGUCAGCCAGGUGAACCCGUACACUCUGCGCUUCGAGGGCACAUGGGCCACCGGCUUCGAUAAACGGGGGGCGAGCAACGCCUUCAUGGCCUGCGGCGUGCUCUACGCCGUGCGCUCAGUCUUCCAGGACGACGAGGGGCAGGCGGACGGGCGCGCCGGCAGCAACAUGGUGGUUUACGCCUACGACACGAGCCGCGGGCAGGAGCUGCCCGUCCAGAUCCCCUUCCCCAACCCGUACCAGUACAUCUCCUCCAUCGACUACAACCCCAGAGACAACCAGCUGUACGUGUGGAACAACUACUACGUGCUGCGGUACCCUCUGCAGUUCACGCCGCCGCCUCCUACUAAAGGUCCCCUCUCCUCUCUGAUGACCACCGUCCGCUCGUACACGGCGACAGUCGCGCUGACCCCCGUCAGGCCGUCGGCCUCGCACCCGAUCGGCGUCAUCAACAGGGGGCCUUUUGACCAGCGGCCCAUCACGGCCAUGGUGCCCCUGACCCCGCGCCCUCCCCUGCGUGUGCCCCUGGCCCCUGGGGGGCCGGGCCAGGUGGGCGGAUGUGAGGGGCGCGUGGCACGAGGGGUGCAGUGGCCGCCCACCCUGAAGGGGGAGACUGUGGAGAGGCCGUGCCCCAAAGGAUCUCUGGGUAUAGCCUCCUAUCAAUGCAUGUCAUCUCCAGUGGGCUGGAACUCCAGAGGGCCUGACCUUUCCAACUGCACCUCUCCCUGGGUCAGCCAGAUCGCACAGAAGAUUAAGAGUGGGGAGAACGCGGCCAACAUCGCCGGGGAGCUGGUGAACCUCACCCGGGGGCGGAUCUACGCCGGCGACGUCAGCAUGUCCGUCAGGCUGAUCGAACAGCUGCUGGACAUACUGGACUCGCAGCUCCAGGCCUUGAGGCCGGCCAAUAAAGAGUCGGCGGCGCGCAAUUACAACAAGCUGCAGAAGAGGGAACGCACAUGCAAGGCUUAUGUUCAGGCGGUUGUUCAGACAGUUGAUAACCUGCUGGGUCCUGAAGCUCUGGUGUCUUGGGCCGACAUGAGCAGCAUCGAUCAAUCGCGCUCUGCGUCGUUACUCCUAGACGCAGUCGAAAAAGGAGCGUUUUUAUUGGCUAACAAUCUCUACGAAGGACGCUUCAGCGACAGGUCGCCAAAUGUCGAUCUGGAGGUGUAUGUGCUAAACACAGAGGCAGACAUACAGGACUUGACGUUCCCUCACUCGUACGACAGCGACAGCAUCUUGCAGAUAUCAGCGCUGGCUUUGCAGCAGUACAGCAACAAUGGCCAGGUGAAGCUGGUGCUCUCUCUCUAUAAAAACCUGGGCUCCUUCCUGACCACGCAGAACUCCACCCUGCGCCUGGGGCUCGGCCUGGGCCAGGGCUCGGAGGUCAGACGCAGGAGCCUGGUGGUCAACUCCCACGUGAUCUCCGCCUCUGUGCACCGAGGAUCCAACAGGGUGUACCUCACCGAGCCGGUCAUCUUCACUCUCAGGCACCUGCAGCUGGAGAAUCAUUUUGGUCCCAAUUGCUCUUUCUGGAACGCAUCGGGGGUUUCUGGGAGUGGCAGGUGGUCCACGCAGGGUUGCCGCUUAUUGCACACAAACAACACGCACACGACUUGCGCCUGCAACCAUCUGUCUAGCUACGCAGUCCUCAUGACAUACCAGCAACCUGCUUUUGGGGUCGGCGUGGAGGAACUGCUGGUUUACGUUGUUUCCUGGGUGGGCAUCUCCGUGGCGCUGGUGUGUUUGGCCGCCUGCCUUACCACCCUGUGCUGCCAGGGGGCACCGUGGCACACUGACCACAGCACCAUCCACUGCAACUUGUGGGCCAAUCUGCUGGUCACUGAGCUUCUCUUCCUCAUCGGUGCCAACAAGACGGAGAACCCUGUCCUGUGCUCCAUCACUGCCGGCCAUCUGCACUUCUCGCUGCUCUCGGUGUUUUGCUGGCUGUGCCUGGAGGGCGUGGAGCUGUACCUGCUGCAGCGGGAGGUGUUCGAAGGACGCAACUCCAGGAGGAAGUAUUUCUACCUGUGCGGCUACUCCCUUCCCGGCCUGGUGGUGGCCGUGUCUGCAGCCAUUGACUUCAGGGGCUACGGGUCAAAAACAUCAUGUUGGCUUCGCACAGACAAUUACUUCAUCUGGAGUUUCCUUGGACCUGUGGCAGUCAUCAUUACGUUGAACCUGGUUGUUCUGGUGAUGACCUUACAUAAGAUGCACAGCACGGCUGCUCUGAAACCAGACUCCAGUCGCCAUGACAACCUAAGGGCGUGGGCGGUGGGCUCCCUGACGCUGCUCUUCCUGCAGAGCGUCACCUGGUCUUCCGGCCUGAUGUUCCUCUCGUCUCCAUCCCUCCUCCUCGCUUACCUUUUCUCCUCUCUCAACACGGCCCAGGGCCUCCUUAUCACCAUACUGCACUGCACCCUCGCCAGAAAGGGUCAGAAGGAUUACGGCCGCUGCCUGCGCCUCUCGCAGUGCUGCGCCACGUCCACGUCCAGCUCCCCGGACUCGGUGAAGGGCGCCGCGCUGCGCUCCAACAGCCGCUACACCAGCAGCCAGAGCCGCCGAGCCACUGCAAACAGACAAAGCCGCAUCAGGCGGAUGUGGAACGACACCGUUCGCAGGCAGACCGAGUCGUCUUUCAUCGCCGCAGACGUGAACAACACUCCCACUCUCAACCGAGCUGCUUUGGGGAACCAUUUUCUCACCAACCAAGUGUUGCAGACUCAUGCCGGAGCGUCUCCCUACGACACCAUGCUGGCCCAGGGAUAUAACCAACCCUUCACCUCCACAGUAGGAACCUUCAGAAACAAGCAGAAGGGCGGCGUGUCGCAGAGCCAGGAGUCUUGUGGGCUGGACAGUGUGUGUCUCAACGGAGGCUACACCCCCAACACCUUCACCCUGCACGGCCUGGGAACAACACCAGGGUCCCGAGCCGGAGUGGUGGGCAGCACCGACCUUCUGAGGGAAGGAGGCGUCGGAAUGGGAGGGGACGACAUCUCUCCGGCCCUCCUGACGCCGCACGGAGCCUCAGAUCUGAGCGGCGGAGGCGGGAUACGUCGCAAUCUGUCAGACGCCGCUGCUCUGGAGAAGAUGAUCAUCUCCGAGCUGGUGCAGAGCAACUUGAGGCCCUCCGUUCCCAUGCCCGUUCCUCCCGAGCGCUACGGGAGCCUGGCGAGGCCGCACCACCACGACCGGCCGGCGCUGACUCACACUGCCACCUUAACCCGACACGCACAGCCACCUCAAGAGGGCUGGGCCGCCACCAUGCAGCCGAACGCCCGCCACAACGCACAAGACGGCUGGGCGCACACGAGGCAGCUCACGCAAGACACUGAGACACAUCCCGCAACACGUGGACCAGAUCACGCCGCGACACAGCGCUUGCAAGACGGCUGGUCGCACGCACGUGUUCCCGGAGAUCCCGAGUCCCGCGAGCUGCUUAAAGACGGCGAGCGGCUGCAGCUGCAAGGCACUCUGGGUCGCCGCGGCCUCCAGGACAGGCAGCAGGCACGUCCGCCGGCGCCCGACGUUCAGGCACGGCCCUACUCCACCCUGAGCCGCACCCCCGGCACUUUGUCCCGCCACCGCAGCACGGCGGAGUCGAGCGGCGGGACGGCCGGAGACAAAGAGCGAGACAGGGAUCGCUAUCGGGACAGGCCCCUCCCACCUCCGCCCCCGCCGCCGCCGCAGGAGUCCGAGCCGCUGUACAAGGCUCUGGAGGAGCCGCUGCUGAUGAAACAGAGGGAGGCCAGCGUGGAAGCAUGGAGAGGCGCCCAAGACAGAGAGAAAGAUGAGACAUUUCUACUAAAGAGGGACGGGAUAAUGGACGACUGGAGAGGAGGAGCCGAGAGGGGUCGAGACGAAUCCUUUACCUCUCAGAAGAGAGAUAGUGAGAUGGAUGAGUGGAGAGGCGGCAUUGACCGAGGGAGGGAGGAGUCUCAUAUGUUGGAAAAGAGAGAUGGAAGGAUGGAGGUGUGGCGAGGAGGAGAGACGGAGCAGGAGGAGACGUUUAUAACCCAGAAGAAAGAUUUCGGGCUUGAUGGAUGGAGGGGUGGGAUGGAGAGAGAGAAAGAUGAGUCUUUGUUUUUAAAGGACAGAGAUGGCUGGAGAGCAGGGAUUGAACGAGAGAGCGAGAAGCAGAAGGAUCGAGCGCUGGACGUGUGGCGAGGGGGGAUGGACAUCGAUCGGGAGGAGUCCUUCCUGUUUGAGAGCAAAGACGGAGGUCUGGAUGGGAGGAAAAGAGCGAAGGAAAGAGGCUCUCUCCGAUACCACGGCGAACGAGAAGACUCUGACGGCUUCACUCUGCCUCUGACCCCCGACCUCGAUCUUGACCCUGACACAUCACCGAUUUACGCACGAGAUUCAAACCCGUCGCCGCUCUACCCCGGAGACCGGCGCUCACCGCCGAUCAGCAUCUUCCCCCGAAGCUCUCCCCCGACAAAUAUCUUCGCUCCGCGAGAGACUAAUUCCCCGCCCAACAACCUCUACUCCCGCCACUCCCCGCAGGUGUACAGUCGCAGCAGCUCCCCCCCUCGCUUCUACACCCGCACCUCCCCGCCGACCCUCUCGUACCCCGACAGCAGCCCCGACGGCCCGGAGGAAGUGAGCCCCACUGGCCAGCCCCAGCGACCCGCCCUGGAGCUGCCCUACAGCCUGGGGCGACCCCCGCUCGGCCCGCGGCCCAACCACCUGCAGACCUUCUACCAGCCGCCGCCGCUGGCGUCAAACGGAGAGGCGGGGUACACGGCAGAGCCCACCUCUGAAGGAGACGACGGACAGAUGCAGCGGGUGACGAGCCUGUGACUAGGGCGGUGGUGAUUGGGGCAUAGAUACCAGGGAGGACACGGAAGACGC